AUGAUCGAACCUACGAAAAUCAGCAUUCUGGGUCAGGAGAGUAUAGUCGCUGAUUUCGGGCUUUGGCGCAACUAUGUCGCUAAAGACCUGAUCAGCGGCUGUCCUUCGACAACCUACGUCCUGAUCACCGACACAAACAUCGGGUCGAUCUACACACCUAGCUUCCAGAAGUCCUUCGAAGAGGCUGCCGCCGCGGUCACCCCUUCGCCCCGCUUGUUGACCUACUAUGCUCCCCCUGGAGAGGUCUCGAAGUCGAGACAGACCAAGGCGGAUAUUGAGGACUGGAUGUUGAGUCAGAGCCCGCCAUGUGGUCGAGAUACAGUGAUCAUUGCUCUCGGUGGAGGUGUCAUUGGAGACCUGACGGGAUUCGUUGCAGCGACCUACAUGCGCGGCGUUCGCUUCGUGCAAGUGCCCACGACGCUUCUGGCUAUGGUGGACUCUUCGAUUGGUGGAAAGACGGCCAUCGACACUCCUUUGGGCAAGAACUUGAUUGGCGCAAUCUGGCAGCCAGCGAGGAUCUAUAUCGAUUUGGAGUUCCUGGAGACUCUCCCCGUGAGGGAGUUUAUCAACGGUAUGGCCGAGGUGAUCAAGACGGCAGCCAUCUCCAGCGAAGAGGAAUUCACCGCCCUCGAGGACAACGCGGAGACGAUUCUGGCCGCUGUUCGCCGUGAGGUCAAGCCUGGUCAGCGGCGAUUUGAUGGUAUUGAGCAAAUUCUGAAGGCGAGAAUCCUCGCAUCGGCGCGCCACAAGGCCUUCGUUGUCUCGGAGGAUGAGCGUGAAGGAGGUCUUCGUAAUCUCCUGAACUGGGGUCAUUCGAUCGGCCAUGCCAUCGAAGCUAUCUUGACUCCCCAGAUCCUCCACGGAGAGUGCGUUGCAAUCGGUAUGGUCAAGGAAGCCGAAUUGGCGCGUCACCUUGGUGUCUUAAAGGGCGUGGCCGUAGCUCGAAUUGUCAAGUGUAUUGCCGCUUAUGGACUGCCGACCUCCCUCAAGGACGCUCGGAUUCGCAAGCUGACCGCCGGCAAGCACUGCUCUGUCGACCAGCUCCUCUUCAAUAUGGCACUGGACAAGAAGAACGACGGCCCCAAGAAGAAGGUCGUCCUUCUCUCGGCUAUCGGUCGCACUUAUGAACCUCGCGCCAGUGUCGUGGCAAAUGAAGAUAUUGGGGUGGUCCUUGCUCCCAGUAUUGAAGUGUUCCCCGGCGUCUCGCCGAAGUCAACCGUCAUCUGUGCGCCCCCGGGUUCCAAGAGUAUCUCCAACCGUGCUCUGGUUCUCGCCGCUCUCGGUUCAGGUACUUGCCGCAUCAAGAACUUGUUGCACUCUGACGAUACCGAGGUCAUGCUGAACGCCUUGGAGCGUAUCGGCGCCGCUACCUUUUCCUGGGAAGAGGAAGGGGAAGUCCUCGUUGUGAAUGGCAAGGGAGGAGCUCUUCAGGCCCAUCCCUCAGAGCUGUAUCUGGGCAAUGCUGGUACCGCCUCGCGUUUCUUGACCACCGUUGCAACGCUUGCCACUCCCAGCAAUGUCGACUUCAGCAUUCUCACUGGCAACAACCGCAUGAAGCAAAGACCUAUCGGUGAUUUAGUGGAAGCUUUGAUCGCCAACGGUGCGCAGGUUGAAUAUAUGGAGAGCAAAGGCAGUCUGCCCCUCAAAAUCGCCGCUUCGGGUGGCUUCACUGGUGGUCAGAUCAACCUCGCAGCCAAGGUGUCCUCUCAAUAUGUAUCAUCGUUGCUCAUGUGCGCUCCCUACGCUAAGGAGCCCGUGACGUUGAAGCUCGUGGGCGGCAAGCCCAUCUCGCAGCCCUACAUCGACAUGACCACGGCCAUGAUGAGAUCCUUUGGCAUUGACGUGCAAAAGUCUACGACUGAGGAGCACACCUACCACAUCCCCCAAGGACGCUACACAAACCCUGCGGAGUAUGUUGUGGAGAGCGACGCCAGCUCUGCCACCUAUCCUUUGGCAAUUGCGGCCGUCACCGGUACUACCUGUACCGUCCCGAACAUUGGUUCCAAGUCGCUCCAAGGCGAUGCACGCUUCGCCGUUGAUGUUCUGAGGCCCAUGGGCUGCACUGUGGAACAAACCGACACGUCGACCACCGUCACCGGGCCUGCAGACGGAGUCUUGCGGCCCUUGCCCAAUGUGGAUAUGGAACCCAUGACUGAUGCGUUCCUGGGCGCGUCGGUUCUUGCGGCUAUUGCUCGGGGCGAGGGUUCGAACCAUACUACUCGCAUUUACGGCAUUGCCAACCAGCGUGUCAAGGAAUGCAACCGGAUCAAGGCUAUGCAUGACGAGCUUGCCAAAUUUGGUGUUGUUUGUCGCGAACACGAGGAUGGCCUCGAAAUCGACGGCAUCGAUCGCGCAAACCUCCGACAGCCGGCUGGCGGUGUGUUCUGCUACGACGAUCACCGUGUUGCCUUCAGCUUCAGCGUCCUCUCGCUCGUGGCGCCUAAGCCUACCCUGAUUCUGGAGAAGGAGUGUGUGGGUAAGACAUGGCCCGGCUGGUGGGAUACCCUACGUCUGAAGUUCGCCGUCAAGCUCGAGGGCAGAGAGCUGAAAGAGGCCGAGUCUCCAGUACUCACCAGUGCUGAAAAGGCUAGCGCCUCGGUUUUCAUCAUUGGAAUGCGUGGUGCCGGCAAGACCACCAGCGGCCAUUGGGUUGCCUCUACCCUCAACCGCCCUUUCAUUGACCUCGACGACGAGCUCGAACGCAUCGAGGGCAUGACCAUUCCGGACAUUAUCAAGGAGCGCGGCUGGCAGGGAUUCAGAGAUGCCGAGCUUAGUCUCCUCCAGCGAACAAUGAAGGAGCGACCCACCGGUCAUGUCUUCGCAUGCGGUGGUGGUGUUGUGGAGGUUCCUGAGGCCAGAAAGUUGCUCAUCAACUGGCAUAAGUCGAAGGGCAAUGUGCUCCUCAUCAUGCGUGAUAUCAAGCAGGUGAUGGAUUUCUUGAACAUCGACAAGACCCGCCCGGCCUACGUGGAGGACAUGAUGGGUGUGUGGCUGCGCCGCAAGCCCUGGUUCCAGGAGUGCAGCAACAUCCAGUACUAUAGCCAGCACGCGAGCUCGGGACUUACACGGGCCUCGGAAGACUUUGCGCGCUUCGUUAAGAUUGUCACUGGACAAGUGGACAGUCUCGGCGCCAUCAAGAAGAAGCAGCAUUCAUUCUUUGUGUCUCUGACACUACCUGAUUUGCGUCCUGCGGGUGAUAUUCUGGAGCAAGCAUGUGUGGGCUCGGAUGCUGUGGAACUCCGUGUCGACCUGCUGAAGGACCCAUCCUCCUCGAACGGCAUCCCGUCCGUGGAUUAUGUUGCUGAGCAGAUGUCUUUCCUCCGCAGCCACACCACUCUGCCGCUGAUCUUCACCAUCCGGACCAAGAGCCAGGGAGGUUUCUUCCCCGAUGAGGCUCAUGAGGAAGCAAUGCAACUGUACCAGCUUGCCUUCCGGUCCGGGUGCGAAUUUGUGGAUCUUGAGAUCGCUUUCCCCGAUGAGUUGCUGCGCACCGUGAGCGAGAUGAAGGGCUACUCCAAGAUCAUCGCCUCGCACCACGACCCCAAGGGCGAGCUCUCAUGGGCGAAUAUGUCCUGGAUGAAGUACUACAACCGGGCGCUCGAGUACGGCGACGUGAUCAAGCUGGUGGGCGUGGCCACAAAGCUUGACGACAAUACCGCGCUCCGCAAAUUCAAGAGCUGGGCCGAAGAAGCACACGACGUGCCUCUGAUUGCGAUCAACAUGGGCGACAACGGGCAGCUGAGCCGCAUUUUGAACGGUUUCAUGACGCCGGUGUCGCAUCCCGCUCUUCCGUUCAAGGCUGCGCCUGGCCAGCUCUCCGCGACCGAGAUCUGCAAGGGUCUGUCGCUGAUGGGCCAGAUCAAGAAGAAGCGGUUCGCGCUGUUCGGCACUCCCAUCUCCGAGUCCCGCUCGCCAGCCCUUCACAACUCUCUUUUUGCCGAGCUGGGUCUGCCUCAUGAGUACACCCGUCUUGAGACUGCCAACGCGGAGGACGUCAAGGAGUUUAUCCGCGCUCCUGAUUUUGGCGGAGCGUCCGUUACGAUCCCCCUGAAGCUGGACAUCAUGCCGCUUCUCGACGAGAUCGCCCCGGAGGCCGAGAUCAUCGGCGCCGUCAACACGAUUGUCCCUGUUUCCGACGGAGAGGGCAAGCCGCAACGGCUGGUCGGCCACAACACCGACUGGCAGGGGAUGGUCCAGUGCCUCCGCAAUGCCGGCGCGUACGGAUCCAACGGCGAUGCCAGCGCUCUCGUUGUGGGCGGCGGCGGCACCUGCCGGGCGGGGAUCUACGCUCUGCACCAGAUGGGAUACUCGCCCAUCUACAUCGUGGGCCGCAACCUCGGCAAGCUGCAGGCCAUGGCGUCGACGUUCCCGAGCAGCUACAACAUCCGCAUCCUCGAGGGCAAUGAGACGCUGGAGCACGUCCCGCACGUCGCGAUUGGCACGAUCCCCGGAGACCAACCGAUCGAUCCCGGGAUGCGCGAGAUCCUGUGCCACAUGUUUGCGCGGGCGGAGGAGGCGGACGCGGACGCCGUGCGGUCGAUCGAGGGCUCGCCUCGCGUGCUGCUGGAGAUGGCGUACAAGCCGCCCGUAACGGCGCUGAUGCAGCUGGCGACGGAUGCGGGGUGGACCACGAUUCCCGGAUUGGAGGUACUAGUUGGGCAGGGAUUCUACCAGGGGGGGAUUACACAGUUCCAACACUGGACGGGCAUUCGGCCUCUCUAUGAACAUGCGCGGGACGCUGUCCUGGGCACCAAGGCCGACUAA